AUGAAUUCUGUCCUGACAAAACACGGGUCUCCACCGUGCAGCUGGCUCAGCCUCCAUUCAGGAACCGAAGACCGGAGCCUGGAAGAAGAGAAGGGACUGCGUUGUCAGAACCCUGACUGCAUGGACAAGGGCCGGGCUGCUAAGGUAUGCCACCACGCCGACUGCCAGCAGCUGCACCACCGGGGCCCCCUCAACCUCUGCGAGGUCUGUGACAGCAAGUUCCACAGCGCCAUGCAUUAUGAUGGGCAUGUCCGCUUCGACCUGCCCCCCCAAGGCUCUGUCCUGGCUCGGAAUGUGUCCACCCGGUCAUGCCCCCCACGCACCAGUCCUGCCGUGGACUUGGAGGAGGAGGAGGAGAGCUGUAUGGAUGGCAAGGGGGACCGAAAGAGCACAGGCCUGAAACUCUCCAAGAAGAAAGCCAGGAGGAGACACACAGAUGACCCAAGCAAGGAGUGCUUCACCCUGAAAUUUGACCUGAACGUGGAUAUUGAGACGGAGAUUGUACCAGCCAUGAAGAAGAAGUCUCUGGGGGAGGUGCUGCUGCCAGUAUUUGAAAGGAAGGGCAUUGCACUGGGCAAAGUGGACAUCUACCUGGACCAGUCCAACACGCCCCUGUCCCUCACCUUUGAGGCUUACAGGUUUGGGGGACACUACCUGCGGGUCAAAGCCAAGCCAGGGGACGAGGGGAAGGUGGAGCAGGGGGUGAAGGACUCCAAGUCCCUGAGUCUGCCGAUCCUGCGGCAAGCCGGGGCCGGGCCCCCGGCCCAGGAGCGCGUGGACCCCCAGAGCCGCCGGGAGAGCCUGGAUAUCCUGGCCCCUGGUCGCCGACGCAAGAACAUGUCAGAGUUCCUGGGGGAGGCAAGCAUCCCUGGGCAGGAGCCCCCCACACCCUCCAGCUGCUCUCUGCCCAGCGGCAGCAGCAGUGGCAGCAGCAGCAGCAGCAGUGGCAGUGACAGCUGGAAGAACCGGGCAGCCAGUCGCUUCAGUGGCUUCUUCAGCUCAGGCCCCAGCACCAGCGCCUACGGCCGGGAGAUGGACAAGAUGGAGCAGCUGGAGGGCAAGCUGCACGCCUACGGCCUCUUUGGGCUGCCCAGGCUGCCCCGGAGGCUGCGCUUUGACCAUGACUCCUGGGAGGAAGAAGGUGACGAAGAGGAGGAUGAGGAUGAUGCUGGACUGCGGCUGGAGGACAGCUGGCGGGAGCUCAUUGACGGGCACGAGAAGCUGACCCGGCGGCAGUGCCACCAGCAGGAGGCGGUCUGGGAGCUCCUGCACACGGAGGCCUCCUACAUUAAGAAGCUGAGGGUGAUCACCAACCUGUUCCUGUGCUGCCUUCUGAACCUGCAAGAGUCGGGACUGCUGUGUGAGGUGGAGGCGGAACGCCUGUUCAGUAACAUCCCGGAGAUCGCGCGGCUGCACCGCGGGCUGUGGGGCAGUGUGAUGGCACCGGUGCUGGAGAAAGCGCGGCGCACGCGGGCGCUGCUGCAGCCCGGGGAUUUCCUCAAAGGCUUUAAGAUGUUUGGCUCCCUCUUCAAGCCCUACAUCCGAUACUGCAUGGAGGAGGAGGGCUGCAUGGAGUACAUGCGUGGCCUGCUGCGUGACAACGACCUCUUCCGAGCUUACAUCACGUGGGCCGAGAAGCAGCAACAGUGCCAGCGGCUGAAGCUGAGCGACAUGCUGGCCAAGCCCCACCAGCGACUCACCAAGUACCCGCUGCUGCUCAAGUCAGUGCUAAGAAAGACCGACGAACCGCGUGCCAAGGAGGCCGUUGUCACCAUGAUCGGCUCGGUGGAACGCUUCAUCCACCACGUGAACGCGUGCAUGCGGCAGCGCCAGGAGCGGCAGCGGCUGGCGGCCGUGGUGAGUCGCAUCGACGCCUACGAGGUGGUGGAGGGCAGCAACGACGAGGUGGACAAGCUCCUGAAGGGAUUUCUACAUCUGGACCUGACAGCCCCCAUCCCUGGAGCCUCCCCUGAGGAGACACGUCAGCUGCUGCUGGAAGGGAGCCUGAGAAUGAAGGAGGGGAAGGACAGCAAGAUGGACGUGUAUUGCUUUCUCUUCACCGACCUGCUCUUGGUGACCAAGGCAGUGAAGAAGGCCGAGAGGACCAAGGUGAUCAGGCCACCGCUGCUGGUGGACAAGAUCGUGUGCCGGGAGCUUCGGGACCCAGGCUCCUUCCUCCUCAUCUACCUGAAUGAGUUCCACAGUGCUGUGGGGGCCUACACGUUCCAGGCCAGUGGCCAGGCUUUGUGCCGUGGCUGGGUGGAUGCCAUCUACAAUGCUCAGAACCAGCUGCAGCAGCUGCGUGUGCAGGAGCACCCAGGCAACCAGCAGCACCUGCAGAGCCUGGAAGAGGAGGAGGAUGAGCAGGAGGAGGAGGAGGAAGAGGAGGAGGAAGGCGGGGAGAGUAGCACUUCGGCUGCCAGCUCCCCUACCAUUCUGCGCAAAAGCAGCCACAGCCUUGACUCCCAGCGCUGUGCCUCGGAUGGCUCUACGGAGACUCUGGCCAUGGUGGUGGUGGAGCCUGGGGAGUUGCUGUCCUCUCCUGAAUUUGGGGGCGGCCCCUUCAGCUCCCAGUCAGACGAGACCUCUCUCAGCACCACUGCCUCAUCUGUCACUCCUACCAGCGAGCUGCUGCCCCUGGGCCCUGUGGACGGCCGCUCCUGCUCCAUGGACUCUGCCUACGGCACCCUUUCCCCCACCUCCCUGCAAGACUUUAUGGCCCCAGCGCCCAUGGUGGAGUCAGCACCCCGGCCCCCAGAGUCACCACCAGCCCCGUCACCCCCACCCUCGCCCCGCCUCCGCCGCCGCACUCCUGUCCAGCUGCUGCCCUGCCUGCCCCACCUGCUCAAGUCCAAAUCCGAGGCCAGCCUCCUCCAGCUGCUGUCAGGGGCCACCACCCGCAGAGCGCCCCCAGCCCCUAGCCGCAGCCUGUCGGAAGUCUGCUUGGCUGCUACCGUCCCCGGCAUGAGGACUCAGGGCUCCUGUCAAGAAGCUGGGCCCAGCUGGUAUUGCCAGGGGGCACCUGGCCCUGGCCCCCAGCUGGCACAGCUAGAGGGUGGAGCCCACUGUCCAGGUGGGGAGCCCGAAGGACCCACCAGGAGGAGCAGAGAGCUGUCCUUGGGGGCCUCGACCAGGGUCCAGCCUGAGCCUCCCCUGGGGAUCUCGGCCCAGCACAGGAAGCUGACGCUGGCCCAGCUCUACCGAAUCAGGACUACCCUGCUGCUUAACUCCACCCUCACUGCCUCGUGA